AUGGCGGUAGUCAACGAAGGUGCCCUGAAGAAAAUGUUGAAGCAAUACAAAUACAGGGACCUGAGUGUUCAAGAAAUCACCAAUGUCAUUUCUCAGUACAAAGACUUGAAGCCUGUAAUGGACGGCUAUGUGUUCAAUGAUGGCUCUACAAGGGACCUGAUGAGUUUAACAGGAACAGUACCUGUAAGCUAUAAAGGCAAUGUCUACAACAUCCCAGUGUGUCUUUGGUUGCUGGACACCUACCCAUUCAACCCUCCAAUUUGUUUUGUUAAACCUACCAGCACAAUGAUGAUCAAAACUGGUAAACAUAUUGAUGCCAAUGGAAAAAUUUAUCUACCAUAUCUACACGAGUGGAAACAUCCUCAGUCAGACCUGUAUGGUCUCAUUCAGGUAAUGAUUGUGGUGUUUGGAGAAGAGCCUCCAGUGUUUUCUCGCCCUAUCACACAAGCACCUUACCAGGCCUUCCAAGCUGCUGGACCUCCUAAUCCUUCUUAUGUACCUGGCAUGCCUGCAGUUUUACCUUAUGGCCCAAGUCCUAAUGCAGGAGGUUAUCCAGGUUAUCAAUACCCAGGGGGCAACUCCUACCCAGCUACAUCUGGUCCAACACACUACCCCACCCAAACUCCUGUGUCUACAGUGGGCUCCAACAGAGACGGAACCAUAGGUGAGGACACCAUCCGUGCAUCGCUGAUAUCUGCUGUUAGCGAUAAGCUUCGCUGGAGAAUGAAGGAGGAAAUGGACAGGGCCCAGGCUGAGUUGGAUGCCCUCAAACGAACAGAAGAAGACCUCAAAAAGGGCCAUCAGAAACUGGAGGACAUGAUCUUAAGAUUGGACAGUGAAGUGGCUGAUGUCGACAGAAACAUUGAGCUGCUGAAGCGCAAAGACGAGGAACUGAGCGAGGCCCUGGAGAAGAUGGAGAACCAGUCGGAGAACAACAACAUUGAUGAUAUCAUUGUGCCGACGGCCCCCCUGUACAAACAAAUUCUCAACCUGUACGCUGAAGAAAACGCAAUUGAGGACACCAUCUUCUACCUAGGAGAGGCUCUUCGCAGAGGAGUUAUAGACCUAGAGGUUUUUCUCAAGCACGUCCGCAUUUUGUCCAGAAAGCAGUUCCAGCUCCGCGCCCUCAUGCAGAAAGCCCGUAAGACUGCUGGCCUCAGUGACCUCUACUGA